AUGUUUAGAGAUCAGGGCCGCAACGUCUCUCCAACUCCAAGACGAUACCAUUAUACCUCAGGCGACAAUGCUCAUUAUUAUAAUUAUCCCAACGUAACCAAGGAAGAUAUUAAUGGUGACAAGCUGCUCCCCAAAGAAGCAAAAUUAUCUACAAGGGCAAUCGAUGAAUUGAUUGAACAAAAUAGGCAGUUAAGAAGAGAUUUGCUUGGUAGAGAUGAAGAAAAUGAAAAACUCCGAAUUUUAAAUACUUCUUUGAAAAAUAAAUUAAUUAAAUAUACUGAUUUAAAUAAGAUCCUUCAAGAUGAAAAAACAGAUUUGGAGUUUGAUAAUUCCAAUCUUAGAAAAAGAAAUGAUCGAUUAAGAACUACUAUCAAAAAAUUGUCUCUUUCCACGAACAUUUUAGCCGAUGAUGCUGACUUUGAUGUUGAGAAUGAUGCUAGUGCUCAAUUAGAAAGUAAAGAUGAUAAUUGUAUUCAGAUACCAAAACGGAAACAUGUCAAUGUUUCGUCGACUUUAUCUCGGAACGAAGACAUGCAUAAAAGUAAGAACUCAUCUGAAAUAUUAAAUGAAAAAUUAGAUAAAUUAAUUGAAUACUUAUCUCAGGUGAAAAAAGAGACUGGCAACAAGGAUACUUCCUCUCACUUAGCAGUACAGCCAAAUUUGGAACACAUCAAUCCAACGGAGAAAAUUCUCACUACAGAUCCUGUAAUACAAGAAAGUUUGGAAAUUCGAGAAUUAGAGGAAAAGGUUGAACAAGCGAAGAAGAAAACAUUACUGAAGCAAGAAAAUGAACUACGUAAGCUUUCAUUGAGCAAUGAAUUGAUGGAUCUACUGACCAAAUUAUCCGUUGAAGAACAUGGAGAAUUUGACGUUCCAAAGCCCCAGAACAACAAAAAAUAUUACCCGAAAUGCGAGGAAGGCCAUUUAAAUAGAUAG